CAUCCAACAGUUUACCCACAGAGCCAGUGGGUGAAAGAAGACAGGUGGACAAAGAAAAAAUAAGGACUAAAAUGCAUCAGACUACAUAACAUCACUGCUGCACAUGGCUUUGUUUAAGAGAUGCAAAAUGGGAAAGGAGGUCUAUCUGCAGAGAAUCUGGAGGUGGGAGAGGUCUCUACAUGCAGCCCCGGCCAAGUGCAGUGACACCUCGGUGACAUACACGGGGCUUCUUUUUGGAAUGAGUUGAUUUUGUCCCCAUAUUAGAGCAAAGACUGAAGGCAGGGGUCCCAAAAGAUCCAAGGGGCUCUGCUUGGCUAUUUGAGUUAUUUUACUUGUAAAGGCAAGGCUAGACAUCAUUUACAUUUUUUUGUUUAUUUUUAGCAGCUUUUUGAAAAUAGAUUCCAGCUGGACUUUUCUUUGAUGCUGAGCCACUUCCCACAACUGGUUUAAAAGUGAAUUUGUUUGUUUAGUUGUUUUCCCCUGCUGACUUAGUUUGAAACGCUGGAACUGUCCCUCCUGCCGCCACCCUCAGUUUCUUCAACCCACCCAGUGCCUCAAUAAGCCCUCUCGGGACAAUCACAAAAGUCAUCAGCAGCUGCUACGCUCAAUCCUCUGCCUGCUCUCCUCCAUGUGCUUCUGCUCUCGGCGUGCUGGCUAUUCACUUACUACCUCUUUAAUUUUCUGGUCUUUUCAUAUUAAUUUUCUCUGAGAGGCAUAAUCUGAACUCAAGCACAGCAACGAGGAUUGAUGGAAACACUGAGUUUCAGGAGUGGAGAGAAACCUAGGUUUUUCCAUAUGUAGUCGUAUAUGGGAGUGUCUGCACUUUUGUGUACAUGCACAGCAGUGUCAGGGUUGCAGGUGCCAGGGAGCAGCUUAAGAUUACAUUUAUUUAUAUUGUUGCACCAAAUAUAGUUACAUUAAAGCCAUACAAAAAUAUUUAUAAAUUACCUACACAUAUUUUUGUAUCACAUUUCUCUUGUAUAGUUUUGCUUUUAUAUGCUUCUAUUAAGAUUAUGCACACAAAUUAAAUAUUUACAACAAACUACACACAUGCAAGAAUAGCUGUAUAUUGCUAUAUUAAAAAAAAUCUACAUUUUUGAGUGAUUAUUUUAGUUCUGGGAGGCAUUUUGUGUGUCAACACAGGGAAUCCCUCAUGUUUCUAUUGAGUUGCUGCUUUGCAUAGUGUUGGUUUUCUUUUCCGGUCUGUAGUCAUGGCCCCUCCUCCCAAACAAACACCAUAUUUGCUAUUGUGACCAGUAAAGCACCUUUUACAGUAGGUAGACAGUAGAUAUCUACCUCUCUGUCUUCCCUCCCUCUCUCUCUGUCUCUGAUGCCGGGCUUCAGUGGUGGGGGGGUUGGGGGAGGAGUAGGUGGCCCAGCUUCUGCUCCUCCCCGUCCAUUUCGACCCAGCCGAUAUGUCCCGGUGUCUGCAGCUACCACUUUCCUUGUUGGAUCCACCACCCUGUUUUUUUGCUUCACGUGCCCGUGGUUGUCAGAGUAUUUCUCCUCUGUCAUUCCCAUUUAUAAUGCCGUGAUCUUCCUCUUCACCCUCGCCAACUUCUGCAUGGCCACUUUCAUGGACCCUGGAGUCUUCCCCAGAGCGGAGGAGGAUGAGGAUAAAGAGGAUGAUUUCCGCGCUCCACUCUAUAAGACAGUGGAGAUCAAAGGCAUCCAGGUGCGCAUGAAAUGGUGCUCAACCUGCCGCUUCUACCGCCCACCACGCUGCUCACACUGCUCAGUCUGCGACAACUGUGUGGAGGAUUUUGACCACCACUGUCCUUGGGUGAACAACUGCAUUGGUCGGAGGAAUUAUCGCUAUUUCUUCCUCUUCCUGCUUUCACUUACCACCCACAUCAUGGACGUAUUUGGGUUUGGCUUGGUUUAUGUCCUCCAUCACCGCCAGCAGCUGGACACGCCACACGCUGCUGUUACUAUGGCUGUAAUGUGUGUGGCUGGUCUGUUUUUUGUCCCAGUCGCUGGCCUGACUGGGUUCCACAUAGUGCUGGUGGCCCGCGGCAGGACCACAAAUGAACAGGUGACAGGAAAGUUUCGGGGUGGCGUUAACCCUUUCACCAAUGGCUGCUUGAGGAAUAUUUCACAUGUGCUCUGCAGCUCCCAGGCGCCCAGAUAUAUGGGCCGGUGGCGGAGCCCUCAAUCCGUGGAAAUACAGCCACCAUUUCUUAGACCGCCUCUUACUGAGGCCCAGCUAGAAGCCAAGGUCCUGGACAAUGGCAUCCAGAAUGAUCGACACAGCACCAGGUCCAAGAGCAGUCUAGAUCAGAUGGAGAGCCAGUCCGCUGAUGCAGAGCCUCCACCGCCUCCAAAGCCGGAGCUGCGAUACCCUGGCCUGCCCCGCGCUGACACAGAGGAGAGCAGUUUGUUAACUGAAGCUCCACCUACGCCAUCAAUGUACAAGUACCGACCAGCCUACAACAGCCCAGGAAGGAACCACACUGCCCUCACACACCCCAACAAGAUGAUUCGUGGGGAGAGUCUUGACUCUCCAUCUCCCUCCAUCCUCCAGUCCAGCCGUCAGCCUAGCUAUCGCUCGGAGCCGAGCAGCCUGGAUGGGGCGACGGUGGUGGGGGGAGGUGUAGGGGUGCGCAGAGGGGGAGGGGAGAGGGGUGAGGGCCCCGGAGGCCCUGGCGGGAUUGCUGGGGUGGUGUCAGGGGGCAUGUCAGGUUACUCCCUGACUGGGCGCUCCUACACCUCCUACCCAUCCUCUCUCGUUCUGUCUGCUGGUGGCUCACGCUCCUCCAGCCUGCGCUCGGCGCACACAGCACAUAACCCGCUGGCCACGCUCCAAUCAGAAGGCACCACAGACACCAGCUACAAAAGCCUGGCCAAUCAGACGCCUCGGAAUGGCAGCCUGUCCUAUGACAGUCUGCUGACACCAUCCGAGAGCCCAGAGUUCGAGUCAGCCGCCCACGAGCUGUCGCCACAGAAGCCUCAUGCUCCGUUUCCCUCGGCGACUAUAAGGGGCCAGCAUGAGGUGGUGUCACCCAGUACCCCACUGCAGGGCUACAUGUCGCCCUUCCUCUCAGCUCAGAUCGCCCAGCAGAGGGAGGGGCAGCUGCUCCAGGGCUCUGCCACUUUCUCCUCCCCCCACAGGGCCUACCUGCGUGCCGUCAGCCCACCCCCUCCCUCCUCCACUGGGCCUCCUGAGACCCACCACCUGCUCCACCAUAACCAGGACGCCUCUUUCCGAGGCCCCCGUAACCUUUCCUCCUCAUCCUCAUCCCCUGGGGCACGCUCACUAGAGCCCCCUGUCUCCCCACCACCUCGUGGCCUGUCCCUUGGCAAGUCCCACUCUUACACUGGGGAGGCAGGACCUCAGCACAAGCCUCGACCUGCAGGAGGAGGUGCUGUGCUGGGAGGGGGAGGAGCCGGAGGAGGGCAACAGGCUCCACAAUCCACCUCUCGCCCAGUCUUGGCCAAUCACACCAUAUCCAAACCAGGGGGCGGGGUGAAGAAGGUGACUGGCGUCGGGGGGACCACUUACGAGAUAUCGGUUUGAGUGACAGACGUCCUUCAAGGUCU